AUGGAGUCGAAGGGAGAACUUAGCAGACUUUCUGAAAAGUUUCUCCUUGGACUGAUAGUGGUGGAAAAUGAGAAGUUGGUGCUCGAUAGAGGGAAGGCUUUGGGGCUAACGGCGAUGUUUCCUGAGAGGUUUCCCCGGUGUCUUCAGUUGAUAGAAUCAGGAUCUGUUCAGAGAAUUUCAUUGGAGAAUACACAGCAGAAGAUUACAGUGAUGAGAGAUCCAUUCAAACUCAGGAAAAGAGGGAUAACAGGUGCUUCAACGGACGCAAAUCCUAGCGGCCCCAUCCACUUGGUAGAGCCAAGUCUAAAAUACUGCACCUGUGACUCGCACAACGCCGAACUCUCGGAAGGCUUCAAAAACUACAUUUCAUGUAGCAGUAUCUUGAAGAAGACUGCUUCUUGUGAACACUUACUGGCUUUGCAAGUGUUGAAUGCGAAUAAGGAAGAACUAGAUGGUUUUGUUCAGAACGUCACUCUGGGCUACGAUGAAUGGAUGACCAUGCACGCUCGAUUACUCUACUAA